GUCUGCUAAAAUCGUCUGAGGAAUAUAAAUAAUCCGAGAUAAAUCAUGUGACUUUAGAAGUUAACUUUCACUCGAUGGGUUUUUGUUAGAUGAAAUACUCAUUUGAAGAUAGUUAAUUAAUAAUUUGUAACUGCAGUUAUAGAUUACAUCAUAGUUAAUAAUUCUGUGAUAGCUAUUGACUAAAAAAUGGCAACUGAAACUGAUGCGCUCUUGGGUAAUGCUCAUUAUUCACCAAGAUCAGUUGAAGAGACUGGAGAUGAAACCAUUUCUAACGAAACCGGUUUAGACAGUGCAGAAACUGAGCUGUAUAGUCUACAAAGUAAACCACGGACAACCACGACCGGGACACAAUCUCUUAUGCAUCUCCUUAAAGGAAAUAUAGGCACUGGAAUAUUAGCUAUGCCAGCUGCACUUAGCUAUUCAGGAAUUUGGGUUGGAUUUGUAUUAAUUCCAAUACUUGGUUUAGUAGCAACGCAUUGUAUGCAUUUAUUAAUAAAUGCUGCAAGAAAAUUAAAAGAUCCCGAUGGUGAAAAUUUGGGCUACAGUAGAGUAGUAGAAGAAGCUUUUAGACAGGGUCCAGUUAAAUUUCAAAGAUUUGCCAGAGCAAUUAAAUUAAUUGUUGAUACUUUCUUAUGUAUAACGCAAUUUGGCUUUUGUAUUGUUUAUAUACUUUUUAUAUCAAGAACUCUGGAAAUUGUAGUUAAAGCUUAUCAUCCAGAUAUUUCAAUUAAUAUUAGAGUUUAUGAAAUAUUGGUAACUCUAGUAUUAAUUCCUUAUACAUUUAUUGGUGGCUUAAGAAAUCUUUCAUAUUUUUCAACGAUUGCUAAUGUUUCAACAAUGGCCGGUUUAAUUGGUGUUCUAGUCUACAGUACAUAUGAUCUGCCAGACGUUUCAGACUAUCCCGCUUUCGAAAGUUGGUCAACUUUACCAUUAUUCUUUGGCCUAGCUAUUUACGCAUUUGAAGGAAUUGGUUUAGUUAUGCCAAUUGAAAAUAAAAUGAAAUAUAAGCAUCGAUUUAACGCUUGGAACGGAGUAUUGAACACAGGAAUGUUUAUUGUAACUGCAUUAUAUACAGCAGUCGGAUUUUUUGGCUUUCUGAAGGUUGGUAAGAAAGUAAAAGGCAGUAUAACUUUAAAUCUUCCAUCGAAUCAAUGGCAAUACAACUGUAUUCAAAUCUUAAUAGCUUUAGCUAUAUUUCUAUCAUACGGAUUGCAAUUUCUUGUACCAAUCAAUAUAAUUUGGCCUUAUUUUAGGAAAAAAUUGGAAAAAAGAAAUUAUUCGAGGUUGAAGUUAAGAUGGUGCAGAUAUCUAUUCAAAACCAUAGUUGUCCUUUCAACUUUUGUCGCUGCUGCUGUACUACCCCAAUUAAAUCUAUUAAUAUCUUUAAUUGGAGCAUUUAGUAGUUCAAGUAUCGCUUUAAUAUUUCCUCCGAUUGUUGACUGUAUCGUAAACUGGCCCAAUGAUUUAGGAUAUUUUCGAUGGAAACUCAUUAAAAAUAUUCUGAUAAUAGCAUUCGGUUUAUUUGGAUUUGCUGUUGGUACAGCUACAACUCUUGAAGAAAUCGUCAAAGCUUUUCAAUCUGGCCAUAUUUAUGAUUAA